AAUGGUAAGAAAAAUAUUUGACAUAUGAUUAUCGUGUUAAAAUAACUAAAAAAAAGAAAGUGUUCUAGUUUUUUAAUUAUAAGUAUUCAUUGUUUUAUAUAAUCGUUCAUUUGAAUUAUUUUCUAUAACAACACUUAAUUAUCCAUUAUCAAUGAUACAAAGUCAUCUUUUGAGCAGGGUGAAUCUUUAUCUAAAUCAUCAACAGAAGACAAUUUUUUAAACCACUUUUCUGCAGUAUAUUCUUUUAAAAUAUCUUCUCCAUAUGCUAUACAUGUUGCUUUUGAAAUUUUUAAAUAAAGUUUACAUUUAUAAAAUAAAUAUGGUUGAAUUACAUUAGAUUUAACAUUUAAAAAGUGUUUAAAUUCAUAAUAUAAAAGUUCAUACCGAAUUAAAGUAUAGUGAUUGACUACACUUUAUUAUAAAAAGAUAUAUUAUCACAAAAAUAUAUUAUCUUUGAUAUAGGAUAAAAACUUGGGAUCUACAAGUCAUAAUAAUAAGUUCUUACAAAUAACUCUACUGAAAACUACAUGAACUUCUUUGCUUCUGUAAUAUGUAUUUAUUUUGAUAUCAAUUACAGAGGAAAUAUUAUGUUAUACUAUUAUAUUUCAUAUAUACAAUUUCAUUUGAAUUUAAAGUUCGAAUUUUCAGUAACAGACAGUAGUAUUGUUUAUUUAGUUAUAAAAAUAUUGAAAAUUUCGAGAUUAUUUUUUGACCAACGUAAUAUUUCUUUAUGCCAAGCAUAUAUUCAAAACGUUAUGUUCAAGAACAAUUUAAAUGAGCUUCAUAUAGAAUGUUUAUGAUUACUCAACAUAUAUGUACAAGAAUACAACAUUAGAAUAGUACAUGUAUUUCUAUACAAAAAUGGCGCUUUAUAUUUUGCGCACGUGUGGAAUGGUGCAGAAGUAGGUUAUAUUUUUAUGUUAAAAAAAUUAACACAAAAAAUAUAAAAUGAUGACUUCCUCAUUAUUUGUUAAUAAAAAUAUUGUAAGACAAUGUUUUCGUUGUAUGAGCACAAUGAAAAAACAGUCAUCCGCUGAAUAUUGUUUGGAAUUGGUUAGAAAAAGAGAUUAUGAGAAUUUUUUAUGCACGUUACUACUUCCUAAUAAUAUAAAAGCUGCAGGUUUUGCGAUUCGUGCUUUUAACGUUGAAAUAGCACAAGUUGAAGACCAAAUAAGUAUAAAACACAUAGGAAUAAUGAGAUUACAAUUUUGGAAAGAAACGCUGAAUAGGAUAUAUGAUGGUAUGCCAUCAGAAACACCAGUUGCUUUAGAAUUACAUAGGAUAUUACAAAAACACAAACUUUCAAAAAGAUAUUUUAAACGUCUAAUUGAUGCUCGGUUAGAUAAAUUAGAAAAAUCUACAUUUCCUAAUAUACAAGCAGUUGAAAAUUAUGCUGAAAGUACUGUUUCAUCAAUUUAUUACUUAUUAUUGGAAGCACAUGGUACAAAAAAUAUAAAAGCAGAUCAUGCAGCUAGUCAUUUGGGCAAAGCACAAGGAAUUGUUACUUUAUUGCGCUCCAUUCCAUAUCAUGCCCAAAAACGUGUUAUUGUUUUACCAGAAGAUAUUUUAAUGAAACACAAUAUAUCAUCCGAAUCAGUAUUACGAAAUGUAAAAAAUACAGCUCUGAAUGAUGUAAUAUUUGAAGUAGCAUCUUGUGCCAAACAACAUGUAGAAGAGGCAAUCUCACUUAAUACUUUGCAGGAAAGCAAAUCAAUAUUUUUACCAAUAAUUUGUAUAGAAAAUUAUUUAGAAGAAUUAAGGAAAACAGAUUUUGAUAUUUUUCAUCCAAGACUUGUAAGAAGAAAUGGUUUUUUACCAUUGCAACUUUUAUGGAGAAAGAUAACUGAUAAAUUUAGUAAAUAAAAUUUUAAAUACAUAGGUAUUAUUUUCUUCUAGUAGAAAAUAUUAAAAAUGGAUAGAAAUGAUGAGAUAAAAAAAAAAAUUUUGUUUUUUAAAAUCCGCCACUCUGAUGUAUUUAAUGUAUUAUAUGUAAAUGAGAAUUAGAUAUUAAAGUCAUAUUGACAUAUUGCAUUAACAAGGUAUGAAUAAUAUCAUAAAUAAUGGUUAAUUAAUGAUUCUUUAUUUAUCAUUAAUUUGUAUUUUUAUGCUAUUUACGAAAAAUAUACAGUAGCGAUUCCUAGCGGUAACAAUCAAAA